CGGGCAACCAAACACAUUAGACAAAAUAGGAUUAUGCAUCCGUCACCACAGCGCCAACGCCGCGGCCAUUUUCACUUUCCAGUAUCCACCCGCGGCGGCGCUCCUCCUCCUCACUGUUGAAUCCCGCCCCACCUGCUCCGCCCUCGAACUGCUCGUCUGCUUGCCCCACCCCCCUCUCGCUCACGGGCGCGGCGGCUCCGGAAGAAAUCGGGGCAGGGCCUGGCCGCGGGAGCUCCUCGACGAGCUUGGAGACUUCGGCGCUGACUUGGGCCGGACAAAUCGGUGCCCGCCUGCUCUUGGAUUCACGGGUCGAGCUCAGGGCGCGUCACCUGUUCGACGGAAUGCUCAACAAGACCGCAGCGAGCGGCAAGGGUCACUUCGGCGACCUCACCGACGACCUCCUCCGGCACGUCUUGUCCUUUCUGCCUGCUGCUGAUGCCCUGCAGACUUGCGUGCUCGACACUGGGUGGCGUGACCAUUGGAGGCGCACCACCAGCCUGCCCCUCAUCUUUGACCAGUCGAGUUUCCCGAGCUCUGAACGUUUCAAACAGCUGGUGAAGCUCUUCAUCCACAUCCGUGGGAACUCACCUCUCGACAAGUGCAAGAUUGUUGCCUGUCUCGAUGACGUGGAGGAGCGCACAUACACAAAUACCAUUCUGUUGAUCGAGUAUGCUCUGAAGUGCCAAGUUAAGGAGCUCCUACUCAGUGUUGCUGUUGACGAAGACUUUGAGUUUGAGCCACUAAUACUUGAUGCGCCUCUCAUCUCUCAGCACUUGAAGAUCCUACACCUUGAGCGGUUUGAAUUAAAACGCUCCACUCUGAAUUUCUCGUGCUGCUCGGUAUUGGAGGAACUAGAGAUGCAAGAUUGCAACAUUGAUGCACGCAGGAUAUCUUCCAAAUCGCUAAAGCGUCUCUGCAUUACCGACUUUUGUUCCUUCCCUACGAAGUUUCACAUUCGGAUGCUCCGGGUCUUAUCUCACUGCAACUUGAUAAUUUUGAUGGCUUGACCCCUUCACUUGAAUACAUGCCAUCUCUAGAAACAGCUUAUGUUUGGCUUCACAAUAGUUGCUAUGAUUCUUGUCAUAGUAACCGGCAGAACUGUGAGUAUGAGGACUGUAGCUGUCAUGCUUAUCCAGUUGAUGAGGGUGUGCUUCUCCAUGGUUUGUCCAAUGCUGUGAAUUUGGAGUUGGUAGGCGAUACUUAUUUCGAACUGUUUAUCUAUAGAUGGGAUUUAGAAUGCUGCCCCAUAUUUGACAAACUAAAGACUCUAUCACUCAAUGAGUGGUUUACGACUAUUGACCUACUGUGCAUUCUCCAACACUCUCCAGUUCUUGAGGUGCUCACUCUUCAGCUUGGUAGCACUGAGAAAUUCGUUAGAGCAACAGGAGCAGAAGAAAAGAUAGAGCAAUCAUUUGUAUGCUCGCACCUUAAGGUUGUCAACAUUGAAUGUAGAAAGGUCGAUGAGGGAGUUCACAAAAUUCUGAAGUUCUUGAGUAAAUGUGGCAUACUUCGUGAUCAAAUUAGCAUCACUCACCGUUUCAGUUUCCAGAAGCCUAUGCGUCCCUUGCCUCGGUCUACCACGGAACCAGGCGGACUCUCCAGUUUCCACCCGUGACAGCGCUUGAGAUCUGACACAUGCUCGCUUGUGAUGGUGGUCUGAAGCCUCAUGUCUCUCUGAAUAUGUCUGUAACGACAGUCCUAUUAGUUGUUACCACCAUAUUCAGUUUCCAGCUUUCUAUCCUUUGGUACUGUACUGGAAGCCUGCGUGUUUGUUGUUUGGCGAAACUCAUGAAAAUGGAUUUUAACUGCUGGGCAUUCUUUUGGAUGACUAGUUGGACCUGAGCUUGGUUUAAAACCAGGGGAUAACACCUUUUGUUGCAUCUUCUCUUACCCUGUUGC